CGACUGCCGUCGUCCUCGCCGUCGUUGCUCCAGAUGAUGUCCACCAACAACGGCAAUGGAAAAGCAGCCUUCGAGGUCGAGGCGACCAACCUGCGUCCUCGCUGGAUCCCCACCGUCGGGUACACCGUCCAGAAUGUGUUGAUCUCCAUUGGUGUCAUGAUCGGAGCCUGCGCGUCGCUCGUGUUGACCUGUACCGUCGUUUUCCCUUUGGCGUGCAUCAGGUCGAUGUUUUUCUCGCGGUCUAGCCUCUCGUUGAUACCCUCGCGCGACUCGCUUAGGCGGGGCAAGGUCGUCCUCAUCGUUGGCGCGUCGCGUGGAAUGGGUCUCGAAGUUCUGAAGCAGUACUGUCCCGAACCUGAAACCACCAUUAUCGCCGUUUCAAAGAAUGCUGAUGUUCUGCGGAAUGCGAUCAUUCAGAUGGGCGACACUCCCGCUACUCUCCAAAUGGAGACCCUUGACCUCUCUGGAUCCACCAAGAGUAUCGCGGACGCUGUCAGCAAGCUGGAUGAGACGUAUGGUCCCAUCUCCCAUUUGUACGCCAUCGCGAGUAUCUCCAACCACCUCAACGACAACACUCCGUGGAACUUGGAUGUCACAGAGAAGAUGAUCAAGGUCAAUGUAUCAGGAACAGUAGCUUUGGUCAUGGCGAUGUACGAGAGGAUGAAGACUCGUCGAUAUGGAAAGAUCUGCAUAGUUGGUUCAGUCGCAGGCAUGUUUGGCCCAGCGAACAUGAUAUCGUACGCAUCCACCAAGGCGUUCAUCAACACGUUCUCGAGUUCGCUCCGUAUCUUGGCAUCCGCCUCUAACGUUGACGUCGUCACCGUCGAACCUGGCUUCAUCGACACUCGUAUGACCCAGAAGAUGCGUGGCCAAGGCAGUACAGUUCCAGGCGGGGAGUUUGCCAACGCGGAGACCAUGGCAGAACAUAUGAAACGCGCCGUGGAACGUGGGGGUGUUGGCGUGGUCGCAUGGCCUGUCAGACAAUCUAUUCAGAUGUACGCUUUACGAGGGCUCAAUCCGAUCUGUGAAGAGAUUGGAAGGUUUGUUUCCAUGAAGGCUCGCAUGUCAGGAAAGAAGAUCACCUAGGGCACGUAGUAUCAUGUGCGAGAACGGAACAAGAUGUACAGAAUGAAGUUUUUCCCCUUCUCCUGCGCCUGCUUUUAGGUUUACGGAUGGCCCCAUCAUCGUGGUUCAUCUCUCCGCUGCUUUCCACAGCUGCGACGUAUGCGUUUACGCACCGCGUGACGUCAUCCGAAUCCUCAGUUCCUCGC